UCGUCUUAACUUGUUGAAGAAUAACUUGAAGUAUACCUGCUGAAGGGCCCGUUGUAUCCCUUACGCAUGCUAGAAAUAUAUUUGCAAUUUCCGGUUACCAUCAGCCACACUGCCUCAGCAUACAUGCGAUCCAGCAGAGCAGUAUUUGAAGGACAAGGCAUUUAAAUACACAGAAAAGUCAUUACACACUAACAGAAUAUUUAUUUAAGAUAGGAGUUGAAGAUGUACCGUUUACCAAGUAUUCUUCGCCCUGCCCUCUCAAGGAGAAUGUCUCCUGCACUUGUCAGAACUUAUGCCAAAGAGAUAAAGUUUGGAGCAGAUGCAAGAGCUUUGAUGCUUCAAGGUGUUGAUUUGUUGGCUGAUGCAGUUGCUGUUACAAUGGGACCAAAGGGGCGAAAUGUAAUCAUUGAACAAAGUUGGGGGUCUCCAAAAAUAACCAAAGAUGGAGUAACAGUUGCCAAAUCUAUUGAACUAAAGGACAAGUAUCAGAACAUAGGGGCUAAACUGGUACAAGAUGUGGCUAACAACACCAAUGAAGAGGCCGGAGAUGGAACUACCACAGCAACUGUACUGGCCAGAUCUAUAGCCAAGGAAGGGUUUGAAAAGAUCAGCAAAGGAGCAAAUCCAAUUGAAAUUAGACGAGGAGUAAUGAUGGCUGUAGAUGCUGCCGUAGCUCAUCUCAAAUCAAUGUCAAAACAAGUCACCACACCUGAAGAAAUAUCACAGGUAGCCACAAUUUCAGCCAAUGGUGAUAAGACUAUUGGUUCCCUGAUAUCUGAUGCCAUGAAAAAAGUGGGUCGUGAUGGAGUCAUAACAGUCAAAGAUGGAAAGACGUUAAAAGAUGAGCUGGAGGUCAUUGAAGGAAUGAAAUUUGACAGAGGAUAUAUUUCUCCAUAUUUCAUGAAUACUGCUAAAGGAGCCAAGUGUGAAUUCCAGGACUGUUUAGUGUUAUUCAGUGAGAAGAAGAUCUCCAGCAUACAAUCUAUUAUCCCUGCUCUAGAAACAGCUAAUCAGGCAAAGAAGCCAUUGUUGAUUAUUGCUGAAGAUGUGGAUGGGGAAGCUCUCAGUGCAAUGGUCUUGAAUAGAUUGAAAGUUAGUCUACAAGUAUGUGCUGUAAAGGCACCAGGAUUUGGUGAUAACAGAAAGAAUACAAUGAAAGAUAUGGCUGUUGCUGCAGGUGGUGUGGUGUUUGGAGAUGAAGCUGACAUGUACAAGAUAGAAGAUGUACAGUUACAGGAUUUUGGUAGAUUUGAAGAAGUAUCAAUCACAAAAGAUGACACUUUGUUGAUCAAGGGUAAAGGAGAUGCACAAGAUAUAGAAAAGAGGAUGAACCAGAUAAAAGAUGAAAUUGAAACGUCCACUUCAGAGUAUGAGAAGGAAAAGUUUAAUGAAAGACUUGCCAAGUUGUCCAAUGGAGUAGCAGUAUUAAAGAUUGGAGGAACCAGUGAAGUAGAGGUAAAUGAAAAGAAAGAUCGUAUAAAUGAUGCUUUAAAUGCCACUAAAGCUGCCGUAGAGGAAGGAAUAGUGCCAGGUGGUGGUGUGGCACUGCUACGAUGUGUCCAGGCAUUAGAGAAUAUUAAAACAGACAAUGAAGACCAGAAAAUUGGUGUUGAGAUUAUAAGGAAAUCUCUGAGAAUUCCAGCUUUAACAAUUGUCAAGAAUACUGGUGUAGAACCUCAUGCAAUCUUGGAAAAAUUAGCAACAAAUGAAGGAGAUUUUGGUUAUGAUGCCCUCAAUUCCCUGUUUGGAAAUAUGAUGGAAUUUGGAAUCAUAGAUCCUACAAAGGUUGUACGAACAGCAUUAGUUGAUGCUUCAGGUGUUGCCUCCCUUUUGACAACAGCAGAGUGUGUAGUGACAGAAAUUCCCAAGGAAGAUCCACCAAUGCCAGGUGGCAUGGGAGGAGGCAUGGGCGGUAUGGGUGGCAUGGGAGGAAUGGGUGGUAUGGGUGGCUUCUAAUGUGACUAACAUUUACAUCCUAUUAUAGACACUAGUAUUUAUCGCCACAGAAAGUGUGUGCUUAUUGACUGUAUUGACCAAAUCCAAAUCUGUCAAUCGCCAGAGACAAAAGGACCAAUGAGGCUACUAUUACAACAAAAACACAAGUGUUGAGCACAGCUGUUGAGCCAGACUUGGUGUCAAUUAUUCAUCUGCAGUCAAAUAAAUCAGGAUAUUAAUAUAUUAAUUAAUCAAACAGACCAAUAUAAAAGUGAAUUCAUCCAAUGACUGAAGAGGAAUAAAUGAGUGCCUGAAGAUAUAGUCUCAGAUAAAUUCUACUGAUGUUUAAGUAUAAAUAUGAACUCUACAGUUUUACUAAAUGAACAAAAUCUCUUGAAGUUGAGUUGAUAGUUUAUAUGAUGAAUGUCUAGAAUUUAUCUGAAUCUAAUUUUUUACUUGUAUGUAUGAGAUUUCAUUUAUGUAUUGAUAUCAUUCUUUCUGUUGUGCAUUUAUAAACCUUUUAUGUAUGUGUCUAGUCUGAUUCUAAUAGUGAAGAUUUCAUUAAUUGUGCUGUGUACCCUAGAAUGUUAGUCAGUGAUAUGAUUAUGAUGUUCUGAUCAAUUAAACCUUAGAUUUUUACCAAUCAUCAUAAAUAUAUUGCAUUUAAACUCCUGUAUACAACAAUGUUAAGUGAUGUAUCGGUAUAUACAAUAUUCUACAUAAUAUACUUACUGCCUUACAAUUCAUGUUUACCUUGCUAGGGUAAAGUGUAUAAAUUGUAUGUCAUUCCAAUGUUAAUGCCCCUACCUAACAAUCUUCAGAAUUGACUAGUUUAUUAAAAUGAGUUGUGACAUUUAUAGAUGAUAGUUUGUGAUAAUCAUGUUUUGUUAAUGAAUAUUAGAUAUGUGUGAAUGUGAUAUUAUUGAGUGUUUGUACAAAGAUUUAAUAAAAGUUUUAUAAGGAA